AUGAACGUCGCCAGUGUGGGACGGCCAGUUGGCUGUCUCAAGACUGCUCUUCGACGGACGAGGUUCCAGAGGGAGUUCCGAAGGAAUGUCUCUGCGGCAGCCGCUGUUGCGCCUCUAUCUAAGCAGGCCUCGAACGCCUUUAGCGCUGAACAACGCGCGGACAUUGCCAAGGUCAGCAAGUUCCAUAUCUACCCUCGUGUCCCGAGCAUCCGCACAACACACCCCGAUCCGAUGCCCGCACUGCUUGAGAAGCAAAUCACCAAACUCGACCCGACCGGCGCACGCACACGACUUUUCUCUAGGGAACAUGCCGACAGCGCCAAAGUGGGCGACGUUCUGAUGGUGACGACGAAGAGCGGCGAGCCUUUCUCUGGAGCUUUCCUGCAAAUCCGACGCCGGGGCCAGGACACAGCGAUCCAACUGCGAGGACAGAUGAUGAAGGUGGGAGUCGAGAUGUGGUUCAAGAUCUACAGCCCGACUGUGACUGGUAUCGAUAUUAUCUGGCGACGACCCAAGAGGGCACGCCGUGCGCGCCUUACGUACAUGCGCAAGCCCAGUCACGAUAUGGGCAGUGUGGACCAGAUGGUGUUUGCCUGGAAGAAGGAGAGAUACACUCUGCGGUCACAGGCCAACCAACCUGGAAAGACAACAAGAAAGCAACAUUCCAAGAUUCUCGGACAGAAGAAGUAG